UUGCGAUAUGUCAACGCAAAGACUCUAGUGCAAUUUAAGUCAUAAACGGUAUACUCACACGUCAACGAGGGCAGGAACUGGAGGUAUCUGUUGUUUACCAAAUGGCACUGUUAUUUCUGCGGGGUAGAUGUCUCUUCGUUGUCUUAUUUUCGUUUGUCCUCCUCGUUGUUAUGGCACUGAUUGCAACACGACAUAAAGAUGUUUCAUCAGUCCUGGAUUACCAGCCCUACGUACGCUUCUUCUUGCCUGAUGAAUCUGUUAAUGUCAAAAUCGAUUGGAAAACAGUAAAUAUCAACUCUUUGACACCUGAACAGAUUAUUGAAUACCUGAUGUGGACUAAUCAAACGUCGUGUAAACUUUCACACGAUUUUGGAGGUAAAAUGCUGAAAAACCCAAGUGGAUUUGACGGCCAAAAAGCUGUAUGUCUUGAUACAGAAGUGGCGCCCAAAGCGGGUAGUUGCAUUGUUUAUUCGUUCGGCAUUAACAACGAAUGGUCUUUCGACGAAGCUAUGGAAAGUUAUGGCUGUAAAGUGUUUGCAUUCGAUCCGUCGAUGAACACUGGAAACCACCAACACAGUUUAGGUGUCACAUUUUAUAAUUUCGGCCUCUCCGGGAAGGACGAAGUUGACAUGAGAGGGUGGGAUCUGAAAACUCUUUCAUCUAUUUACUCCGUGCUAAAAGAAAAAAACCAACAUGCAGAUGUAAAUAUCGAUUACCUCAAAAUAGACAUUGAAUCGGCCGAGUGGGAAGUCAUUCCCGACAUUAUUCGUUCAGGAAUGCUUGCCAAAGUGAGACAACUGGGUGUCGAAUUCCACCUGUCUCGCAACACAGAUUUAUAUGAUUUUUACUGGAAAUUCGAUAUCAUCAAAUCAAUAGAAGACGCAGGAAUGAUACGUUUCGAUUCCAAAUACAAUCCUUGGUUCAAGGGGAAAAUGCCCGCCAUGAACAACAUCACAGAAUCUUUAGGAUACGAAAUCGCAUGGUAUCAAAUUCUCCCAUAACGCAAAUUGCUCUAAUGUUAUCAAACAAUGCAUCUAAUAUGUUACGUUGAUCAUUAACGGAUUAUAAUUGAAUAAUUAUAAGAAUAUUUUACCUCGCGAAAGACAUUCUCACUGCCUCCAUGUUGCUGCAGUCAUUUUCCAGUGAACAAAGAUUCGUCUGCAAACAGCUGAUAUACCUACCUUGUUUUGUUUCACUUGCAAACAAAGAAAUAAAACU